AUGGAAGAAGAUCACAAGGAACUGCAGCUUCUCCCUACUCCCCGCACCAUCAUUCCCCCCUCUCCUUCACGCAUCCCGAGGUGGCCUCUCGAAUCGAAAGCCAGAUCAUCAAAAGACCAUCACAUGCACAAUCUUUUCGAAGGACCAUCACUGGAUCUCCAGCUUUCCAUCAGCCUUAGGCCUUUUAGGCCCCCGGAAACCAAUAAUUCUGCGGUACUAAGGCCGGUGCUGGAUCGUUCGAGUCACGAUAUUCGAGCUGAGACCUUGAAGUGGCAAGCCUCCGAGCAGAUUCGGCUAGCUGCAUUGGAGAAGGCGUAUGCGGAGCGUGUGAGGGAGCUGACUAGGAGGGAAAUGGAGCUGGCGCAGUCGGAGUUCUCGCGGGCCCGGCUUAUGUGGGAGAGGGCUCGAGAGGAGGUUGAGAAGGCGGAGAAGCUCAAAGAGAGAGCUGUGCAUCGAAUUGAUCCUAUGUGCAUGGAGGUCACUUGUCAGGCUUGCAGACAGAAGUUUCGAUCUUAA